GAAGCCUUCUGGGUGCUGGAAACAUUCUGUAUCUUUUUUUUUUUAAUGCUUACCACUUUAUUAUAAAGAAUGCAAGAGAGGAGGGUAUAGCUCAGUGGUAGUCCAUGCUUAGAGUGCAAGAGGUCCUGGGUUCAAUCCUCAGGACUUCCAUUAAAAAAAAAAAAGCCCUCCUGAUAAAGGAUACAGAUGAGCAGUCAGGUGAAGAGGUAUACAGGGUGAAGUCUGGAAGGGUCCGGAGUUCAGAGGCUUCUUUCCCCGGGGAACUGGGGUGCACUACUGUCCCAGCACAGGGAUGCAUUCACCAACCCAGAAGCUCCUCUGCAUCUUGACCUGGAGAGUGAGUGUGUAUAUAUACAUAUAUGUUGUAUCUCAAGUGUAUGGUUAAGAUUUGUGCACUUUAAAGCAGUUAUACGUCAACUUAAAAAUCUAGGUAAAUAAAAAUACCUUCAAAAUUCUGAAGAGAGAGAGAGAUUGAGGUUCAGAAAGAAUUGUGUUAAAGCACAAGUCCGUUCCUGUCUGGGGCCUGUGAGGUAGGAGCAGGUGCCGGUCCCCUGUCUCCACCCCUACCCCGUGCCUGGCCCAGGCGCGCACCUGAGCAUUGCAGUUAUCGGAGCUGGCCAAGUAGAGGCUGCCUCCCCAGUCCCGUGAUGUGGCCCAGCUUCCACCUGAUUCUGAGCGACCUUGAGGUCACCUGGGUGUUUCUGGGAAAAGGGAGGAGGAAAGGGGCAGAGAUUAGUUGGUACAGCAGGUGCCCAGCUGCAGUCCCCAGGUCUGCCGUCCCAUCCUGGGGAGAAGAGAACGCUGAGCAGAGUGGGUCAGUGAUGCGGGUGUGAGGCCCCAGCGAAUCCUGAGAAACCAGGUAGUCCAUUGUGGGGGUUCCCCCUGGGCCCACUGCCGACUUCCGGGGCGCUGGGGGCUGGAGGUGGAAGGAGUGCAGGGAGCAGGCUCCAGGGAGGCUGCCCUGGGUUCCAGCGGGUGCUGUGAAUGGCGUGGCAGGUGAGCGUGCUGGAGCUGGAAGACCGCCUGCAGUGCCCCAUCUGCCUGGAGGUCUUCAAGGAGCCCCUGAUGCUGCAGUGCGGCCACUCCUACUGCAAGCGCUGCCUGCUGUCCCUGUCCCGCCACCUGGACUCAGAGCUGCGCUGCCCUGUGUGCCGGCAGGAAGUGGACAGCAGCAGCUCCCCACCCAACGUCUCCCUGGCGCGGGUGAUCGAAGCCCUGCAGCUGCCUGGAGACCCGGAGCCCCAGGUCUGCGCACACCACCGGAACCCGCUCAGCCUCUUCUGUGAGAAGGACCAGGAGCUCAUCUGCGGCCUGUGUGGCCUGCUGGGCUCCCACCAGCAUCAUCGGGUCACACCUGUGUCCACUGUUUAUAGCCGCAUGAAGGAGGAGCUGGCAGCCCUCAUCUCCGACCUGAAGCAGGAGCAGAAGAAGGUGGAUGAGCAGAUUGCCAAACUGGUGAACAACAGGACCCGGAUUGUUAAUGAGUCUGACGUCUUCAGCUGGGUGAUCCGCCGUGAGUUCCAGGAGCUGCACCACCUGGUGGAUGAGGAGAAGGCCCGCUGCCUGGAGGGGGUGGAGGGCCACACACGCGGCCUCGUGGCCUCCCUGGACAUGCAGCUGGAGCAGGCCCGGGGCGCUCGGGAGCGGCUGGUCCAGGCUGAGGGUGUGCUGGAGCAGCUCGGUAACGAGAGUCACCAUGAGUUCAUCCGGAAGUACCACUCCAUGGCCUCCAGAGCAGAGCUCCAGCAGGCCCGGCCCUUGGAAGGUGCAUUCAGCCCCAUCUCCUUCAAACCAGGCCUGCACCAGGCUGACAUCAAGCUGACCGUGUGGAAAAGGCUCUUCCGAAAGGUUCUGCCAGCCCCGGAGUCCCUCAAGCUGGACCCUGCCACGGCCCACCCGCUCCUGGAGCUCUCCAAGGGCAACACAGUGGUGCAGUGCGGGCUCCUGGCCCAGCGGCGCGCCAGCCAGCCUGAGCGCUUCGACUAUAGUACGUGCGUCUUGGCCAGCAGGGGCUUCUCCUGCGGCCGCCACUACUGGGAGGUGGUGGUGGGCAGCAAGAGCGACUGGCGCCUGGGGGUCAUCAAGGGCACGGCCAGUCGCAAGGGCAAGGUGAACAAGUCCCCGGAGCAUGGCGUGUGGCUCAUCGGCUUGAAGGAGGGCCGGGGGUAUGAAGCCUUUGGCUGUCCACGGGUGCCCCUGCCCGUGGCCGGCCACCCCCAUCGCAUCGGCGUCUACUUGCACUAUGAGCAGGGGGAGCUCACCUUCUUUGAUGCCGACCGCCCUGAUGACCUGCGGCCUCUCUACACAUUCCAGGCCGACUUCCAGGGCAAGCUCUACCCCAUCCUGGACACGUGUUGGCACGAAAGGGGCAGCAACUCCCUGCCCAUGGUGCUGCCCCCGCCUAGCGGGCCUGGUCACCUCAGCCCCCCGCAGCCCACCAAGCUGUAGGCAUGCCAGCGGGGCUGCUUUCCCAGCGGGCGCGGUGACACAAGGGGUCUUGCUGGCCCUAGGGAGCAGAGGUGAUGUGUUCAUUGUUUGGGGUGGUCUUCAUGCCUGGGGGUCCCUAGAAACACUUAAAUGAUAGGGAGAAAAGGACCACGGUCCUAUCUGCAUUGGCCAGGGGCGUGUGUAUCAAUCUUUUUCCAGGCUAUUAACCUGCUUAUUAACCAGCAGAGCCAGGCCUUGGUGUCCAUUGGUCAACCUGGGCUUCCCUUGGCCCCUCCUAACCAUGAUCUCUGCUUCCUCUUUCCCCUGAGGGUGGCAACACUCCCUCACAUAAUUUUCCCCAUCACUGUGACCUUUAAAUAACUUCAAGGAUAAUAAAUUUGAUACUGUUUCUCCCUUUUCAA